AGAUUCUUCAUCACAAUGAGAAUCUCAGUGAACGUCCGUCUGCAUCACGUGAUCUCGCUCAGUUCAUCUGUAAGAUGAAUCAUCUGAAGAACCUCACACUCUACUACGGUCAGUAUCAUGAUGACUUCUACUCAACAGCAUCGUCGAUGGCAUCAACUUCAAAGAUUGAGAUUCUUCAUCACAAUGAGAAUCUCAGUGCAUGUCCGUCUGCAUCACGUGAUUUCGCUCAGUUCAUCUGUAAGAUGAAUCAUCUGAAGAACCUCACACUCUACGGUUGGUAUCAUGAUGACUUCUACUCAACAUCGUCGAUGGCAUCAACUACCAAGAUUGAAAUUCUUCAUCACAAUGAGGAUCUCAGUAAACGUCCGUCUGCAUCACGUGAUCUCGCUCAGUUCAUCUGUAAGAUGAAUCACCUGAAGAACCUCAAACUCUGCGGUCAGUAUCAUGGUGACUUCUACUCAACAGCAUUGUCGAUGGCAUCAACUAUAAAGAUUGAGAUUCUUCAUCUCAGUGAGAAUCUCAGUGAACGUCCGUCUGCAUCACGUGAUCUCGCUCAGUUCAUCUGUAAGAUGAAUCAUCUGAAGAACCUCACACUCUGCGGUCGGUAUCAUGAUGACUUCUACUCAACAACAUCGUCGAUGGCAUCAACUACAAAGAUUGAGAUUCUUGAUCACGAUGGUGAUCUCAGUGAACGUCCAUCUGCAUCACGUGAUCUCGCUCAGUUCAUCUGUAAGAUGAAUCAUCUGAAGAACCUCAAACUCUACGGUUGGUAUCAUGAUGACUUCUACUCAACAUCAUCGUCGAUGGCAUCAACUACCAAGAUUGAGAUUCUUGAUCACAAUGAGGAUCUCAGUGAACGUCCGUCUGCCUCACGUGAUUUCGCUCAGUUCAUCUGUAAGAUGAAUCAUCUGAAGAACCUCACACUCUACGAUCGGUAUCAUGAUGACUUCUACUCAACAACAUCGUCGAUGGCAUCAACUACAAAGAUUGAGAUUCUUGAUCACGAUGGUGAUCUCAGUGAACGUCCAUCUGCAUCACGUGAUCUCGCUCAGUUCAUCUGUAAGAUGAAUCAUCUGAAGAAUCUCAAACUCUACGGUUGGUAUCAUGAUGACUUCUACUCAACAUCAUCGUCGAUGGCAUCAACUACCAAGAUUGAGAUUCUUGAUGUCAGAGAGAAUCUCAGUAAACGUCCGUCUGCAUCACGUGAUUUCGCUCAGUUCAUCUGUAAGAUGAAUCAUCUGAAGAACCUCAAACUCUACGGUCGGUAUCAUGAUGACUUCUACUCAACAACAUCGUCGAUGGCAUCAACUACCAAGAUUGAGAUUCUUCAUCACGAUGGUGAUCUCAGUGAACGUCCAUCUGCAUCACGUGAUCUCGCUCAGUUCAUCUGUAAGAUGAAUCAUCUGAAGAACCUCACACUCUACGGUCAGUAUCAUGAUGACUUCUACUCAACAGCAUCGUCGAUGGCAUCAACUUCAAAGAUUGAGAUUCUUGAUCUCAGAAAGUAUCUCAGUGAACGCCCCUCUGCCUCACGUGAUUUCGCUCAGUUCAUCUGUAAGAUGAAUCAUCUGAAGAACCUCACACUUGACGGUCAGUAUCAUGAUGACUUCUACUCAACAGCAUCGUCGAUGGCAUCAACUACCAAGAUUGAGAUUCUUGAUCUCAGAGAGAAUCUCAGUGAACGCCCCUCUGCCUCACGUGAUUUCGCUCAGUUCAUCUGUAAGAUGAAUCAUCUGAAGAACCUCACACUCUACGGUCAGUAUCAUGAUGACUUCUACUCAACAGCAUCGUCGAUGGCAUCAACUAUCAAGGAUAAAUGCAACACGAGCUCAACUGUAACUGAUCUGACCGUUACUGAUAAGGCACUAGAAGGAUGGCAGGAUUGUGGUUCGAUGUUUGACUGUGUGAAGAGGAUCACCAUACAGGUAGAGGGCACGAUCAGAUGUGACGUCAUCCAGAGGAUCCAUCUACCAGCAGCGAGAGAGCUCACUAUUCCAACACAUGAGCAUGCUGAUGAACCGGCUUCUCUCCACGAUGAUUCCACUUCACUACCUAAUGCACUUCACAAAGUCUCAUCUCAGCUUGUCAAGGUCACAUUCACAGAUCUCAACAUCGGUAAUAGUGAGGUUAGAGACAUUAUUCAAGCUUUCAGAUCAUCGGACGACCUCAAACUUCUGAAGAUCGUAAGGUUCAUAAGAUGUGGGACUGAUGAGAGAUUAGAUCGUUUUAGUAUUGAUUCAGAUGAUGAACAUAAGGUAAAGGUGGAGAUAGAACAUGGCAAACCAGUUGGUAAGAACUUUAUAGAUUAAGUUGCGGCAUCAAGGUCAUGACGAAUCAGACGAGCUUAAUAUUAAAGUAUGAUGGCAGCCAACAAGAAGCCAUGAGUUAUUUUAUUUCGGAGUACCAUAAUUGGAACAGAUUUAUUGAUAAUGAAGAUCCCACACCUCAACCAUUUGUUAAUGUGUCGGUUAAAUCAUGGACCUAUUAGACAUUCAACGCUAUCAUUUCUUUGAUCGAACGAGAUCCGCCGCCCAAUGAUAAUGUGCAUCUUAAUGAGAACAUACAGGUAUUUUGACAAUAGCGACUACCAAGGCGUAUAUCUCAUUAUUUUCAAAGCACAACUUUACUGGUUUAGUUAUGUUGGCUGAUGCCCUGUGUUAGAGAAUGCUUUUCAGUCAACAUGCUUUAGAUUUGAAGCAGCAAAAUUAGGAAGCAGCCGAUUUUUCUGAAUAAAUUAUAUUAUCAUUUUAUCCGCUGACUUCCGUACGCACAUAAUGACCUCAAUCAAAUUAAGAGAUAAAUGCUCUCUACAUAAUUUGAGCCAUGCAUAUGUUGAAUAUUAGGAUGAAACAAAAAAUGAGAUUAUUAAUAUAAAGCAAUCAAUCACAGUAUUGCAUCUAUCUUGAAAUAUGCAUAGGGUAAACCAGAAGUGUACAUUUCUUUCUUAGGAUUUAGUGAUCUUCUGCGCAUGCAGGUUGUGCAAUAUCACUGACUAAUCACGAACUGCUUCUUUCACCUCAAGGACGAAUUGACAGCGGAACAUGGUAGGAUGAAAGAAGAAAACAUAUAGACCGAAUGAAAUUCAGCAACAUUGGAAUGAUUUUGUUGGGGGGUUGAAGCCCCGCCCCUGCUUACGCGGACCCUGCAUAAUACUCAGGGUUGUAUUUGAUGGAAUAUUGUCAUAGUUCUAUUAGAUAUUUCAUUCCUACUGAGCAGUUACAACCUUUAAAAAAACAAUGAACGUUCGUACGCAAUUAAUUUAGAAUGCCUUAUACGAUAGUUAUUACUCUAAAUUCUUUUGUAAACAGAAUUACUUUUCAUUGAACUUUUACAUUGUUAUAAUCUUGUUUAGAAACAAGCAAUCAUUCUAAUGUGUGAUAUGAAGUUGAAUCGUCUGUAAAUAGGGUAACUACAUUAUUUGUACCAAACGUAAUCUAAGCAGAGAAAUGCUAACUUCCUAAUAUGUUUAUUAAAAAAGAAAUCUAAUUUUAUAUCGUCAUUGCAUCAUUGGUUCGAUGUCUUUCUUGUUUUGUAGCAUUUUAUAUACUUUAGAGGUUGAUGGGAUGACCAAACAAAAACAAAAUCCGAUGAGUUUCUAUCAUCUCAUAAUUUCAUUCAAUUUUUCAUAUCACUCUUUCCAAUUUCCCGCGAUGGCAUAUAAUGUUUUGUUUGUUCAUCUUGAAAUAAUAGGCAAAUACAACAUAAAAGUAUAUAAAGUAAAAUCAUACAAAGUAGUUAUGAAUGGAGGAUGCCGUCGAAAAAGUUUGUAGAGAGAUUGAAUGCAUGAGCGCUGAAAGGCAGCUCGAGCUAAAGCUGGAGAAGUAAUAAUGACAUCGCACCUCGGAAUAAAAUAUUUCUACAUAAAUGGCGCUAUAUAAAUACCUAUUAUUAUUAUUGUAGAGUGCAUCUUUCUUUUAAAAUAUUGUAAAUAUUAUGAAUAAUAAAACAAAUCAGAAAAGGGAAAAACCUAAUUGCCUACAAAUUGCAAAAAAUUAAAGAGAAAUGACACAAAGAGAUCAGCUUAACCAUUUUUGUCAAAAGAGGAAAGUAAAAUGAAUGCGAUGUACGUGACAAAAAUGCAUACUAAACCAUAAACUGGCGUGCAGGAAAAGAUGGGUAAUCAGUCAUAAAUGGAUCGCUAACGUUAAAUAAAAAACGGAUUAUGUUCAACGAUCUCUACAAACUCACAAUAUUGCUCGUUACUGUAUUAGGAUCAAAUCACAUAGUUUCUGAUGUAAAUAGUUUAAAAGUGGUGUCUGUAUAUUGUGUAAAUACUAUAGUACAUAACGUCGAAUAUUAUUUGUUCAUUGUUCUUUUUGUGCAUUGUUUUGCAUUACUGUAGUUUUUUUUACUAUGCCCCGCCAAACGAAGUUUGAAAUGAAAUAUGGCUCACGCAUUGGUCUCGAGGUAAAAGUGUGCAGGAAAUAAUGUUUCCAUACCCUAACCCACAAAUGGUGUUGCCGUGUAAACUACAUAUCU